CCUCACAGUAGGUGGCGCUCACGCGCCUGAAGGCUGAGUUUUCCCGCCAUGACACACAAAGAAGAGCCUGAAAGAAGGCGGUGACGUCACUCCGGAUAUGUAGUUUUAACCGUGGCUCUAACGCGCAGGCGCGGCGGCUCUUCGUAGUAGUGGCGGAGGUCAUGAUUCUCCGGGAUGAACCCGUUUCACAAACGCCUCAAACUCAGUCCCAACAGUUCCCGCCCCCCAGCUGGAUCGCCACGACCCGACCCUCAGCUGCCCUCCCAUGAUGCUUUGCUGCAGCCUCCACCAGCUCCUGCAGGGGGCGGAGCUAGAGAGGAAGAGGAGGAGGAGGAAGGAUACCUGCUGGUGGAGGAAGACACCACUGACUCCAGCCUCAUCAUCACCAUGGAGGACAGUCAGGUGGGGGGGAAGGCCGUGAGGAGGAGGUCGGGGAGGAAGAGGAAGAAGAAACCGACAGAGGAGGGAGUUGAUGGGGGCGUGGCCUCAGAGAGCGAGGAGGAGGCGGAGUCUACAGUUGAUAUGGAGAUUGGCAGACGGCUGGACCAAUCACUGGAGACCAAGUCCAAACAGCACAACCUGACCACGGUCAAUGUCAGGAACAUCAUCCACGAAGUGAUCACUAACGAACACGUGGUGGCCAUGAUGAAAGCUGCCAUCAACGAGACCGAGGCCAUCCCUCCCUUUGAGCCGAAAAUGACUCGAUCCAAAUUUAAAGAAGUGGUGGAGAAAGGAGUGGUGAUUCCAGCCUGGAAUAUCUCUCCCAUAAAGAAGAGCAGUGAUGUCAUCAAGGCUCCUCAGUUUGUGGACAUCCCUCUGGCUGAGGAAGACUCCUCUGAUGAAGAGUACCAUCCUGAUGAGGAAGAGGAGGACGAGACUGCAGAAGACACCUUCCAGGAGAGUGACAUGGAGAGCUCAGCCUCCUCCCCCCGGGGGAGUCGUCUGACUCGAGGAGAGGACGACAGCUGCAGCCCCUGGCAGGUGUCUCGCUGCCGCUCCAGGCGUUUGAGGGCUGCGUCUCACUCUAUGGGACCGCCCCCUCCUCCGAAAGCCCCACCCCUAAAAGCAGCGACUGACAGCAGCUUCCUGGAGAAGCUUCACGCCGUGGAGGAGGAGCUGGCUGUGUGCAUGGAGCCCUACCAGCCUCUGUCAGAGUCCGAGGAAGAGGUGGCGUACCGGACCAGGUCCAAACGCCCUCUACGUAACGUCCCGCUGGGUCAGCUGGAGGCGGAGCUACGGGCUCCUGACAUCACACCUGACAUGUAUGACUCCAGCUCCGCCCUCGAGGACAGGGACUGGACUGAUUGGCUGAGAGGCCUGAUGACAUCAGAAAUGGACAAUGAAGAGGAAGGUGAUGAUGAAGAUGAUCCAGAGUAUAACUUCCUAGCUGACAAUGAUGAACCUGACCUGGAGGAUUACCGUGACGACAAGGCUGUCCGCAUCACUAAGAAGGAGGUGAAUGAACUGAUGGAAGAGCUGUUUGAAACUCUCAAAGAAGACCUCACGGGACAGGAAGUAGAGGAGGAAGAGGAGGAGCCUCAGGAGGAGACACCUGCUGCUCAGACACACACACCUGAGGAGGAUCAGCACAACACGGGGGGACAGGACGAGCAGCUGGACCGACCAAUCACAGAGCUGCGUACGGUGAAGCAGCAGCUGGAGCUGAUCAGGAAGAGACGGCAGCUCGGCCUGCCCACACACACACUCACACACGCCGACUGUCCUGAGCCGUACACCCUGAGGCUGGACCCGGGUCAGAGGAGCCGCCUGCAGCAGCAGCUACAGCAGCAUGUUCAGCUGCUCACUCAGAUCCACCUGCUGAGUCUACCUGUGACCAGACUACAGAGUGAGGCCCAGACCACCAGAC